AUGGCAGACGACGACGGCUUCCCCGAUCCCAACUACGACGCAAUCAUCUUUGGCACUGGCCUGACCGAGUCCAUCGUUGCUGCGGCGCUCGCCAAAGCUGGCUUCCGUGUGGCGCAUGUCGACUCAAACCCCCACUAUGGCUCACAGGACACCGUCUUCAGUGUCGAAGAAUUCGUGAAUUGGCUCGACAAGGAUUCGUCUAUCUUGCCGCGACCAACAUCCGCAUCUUGGCAUGGUGAUGUUCCUACUAACCAUCGGCAGUACUCCAUCUCCCUCUCUCCGUCCGUCAUCCACUCGGUCGGCCCCUUCAUAUCUUCUCUGGUUGGCUCUGGAGUCUAUCGCUAUGGCGAGUACAAGCUACUGGGACCCGUCGGCAUCUACGAAGGCACCGAGAUCAAGAUGGUUCCUCAAAGCAAAGAAGACGUCUUCAAGGCGCCUAAUCUAAGUCUAGUCGAGAAGCGCCGUCUGAUGCGAUUUCUGCUGUUUGCUGCCGGCGACUUUGAAAACGAUCAACAACUUCAGGGCAAGGAGAAUCAGCUAUUCCUCACUUUCCUCCAAGAGACAUUUUCCCUGAACGAGGAGAUUGCCCGAACGAUUGCUUAUUCCUUGGCCUAUUGCUAUUCCUCUGAUGAACCCGCUCUGCCCUGCUUGAACCGUAUCAGAAGGUGCUUGAGGUCAGCGGGUCAUUAUGGCUCCUCACCCUUCCUUGUGGGCUCCUAUGGGGGUCUGGGUGACAUUGCUCAAGGUUUCUGUCGAAUCGUCGCUGUCUGCGGAAAUACAUGCGCACUGAACGUGACCGUCACCUCUGCUGCUAUUGUAACCGAUGGCGACUCUCCUAGCACCAGAUACACCGUCCACUUGGACAAGUUCCCCAAGCCCAUCCACUCGCGCUGCAUAAUCUCAUCUGCUGAUCUCCUCCCCGAUCAGUUCCGUGACUUGGCAUUCACGCCAGCAUCCAAUACAUCAGUGGAUGUGUCAAAUCCCAGUGCCGUGGCACGAGCCGUGGCCAUUGUCGAUCAACCGCUGCAAUUCGCAAAUAUUGCUCAAAGUGGAGACGAUCAGGCAGAACCUGACAGUACCGAACGGCCUCCUGUCGACAGCGGCGUCAUUGUCUUUCCUCCAAAGUCUUUGCAAAGCGGCUCCGAAGCUACAUCAGUACAUGCAUAUAUCCAAGGUCCAGGCACCAUGUCAACACCAGCUGGGAAGUGGCUCAUUUAUCUUGCCAUGCCUCUCGCCCAUCCACCGAUCUUAUCAGCAGAGGAACUGCUGACGCCCUAUCUCACCGAGACCUUGUCGAAAUGCUCCUCUGCGGAAAUCUCACCAUUGUUCAAGGCCUUUUACAUACAGCAAGCUUCGGCUUUGCGGGUGCCAGAAGGCAGAAGCCCUUCAUCCGUCAUAGUGACACCCUCGCACUGUCCGCACAUCGCUCUAUCAGGUGAUGCUGCCGCUCUCGCCGCCGAAGAAGUCUUCAAGAGAGCCGUGAAAGUGCUGAAGAGACCAGAUACAGAGGAUGAGGCCCCGUACUCAUUCUGGCCGCCACGCGAGAAGUCCGAAGAGCCUGAUGAAGACGAAUGGUAGACAGAAACCGCUCAUGUACAAUACGUUUAAUACGCU